AUGGCCAGCCGCCUCCUGGAUGAAAGUCAUGCCAUUGCAGCCUUCAAGCAGCAGCUGGGCAUUCACAUCAAAGAGGAAGAGGAGUUUGGGUGGAUUGCCGAAGUUGGCAUCCAGAGCCCUCUGCCACCCCGCUGGACGGCUCACAGCGAUAGCUCCUCCGGGUACGUUUACUACGUCGAUCAUGACCGGCAAGUCAGCAGCUGGGAGAAUCCACUUGUGCCUUGCCUACGAAGACUUGUGGAAAUAGGGCGCAAGUAUCUCAAAUGCUACACAGCUGGGUAUUUCGAGGAGCAGAAGGGCAUUCUGUGGCACCAGCACAAACAGGAGCUGGAUAAAUGGCAUGGGCCGUUCAUGGAUGAUGCUGGCCGGCAGUACUUCGUGAACUCGGAGGACGGCAUCUCCUCCUGGCAGGAUCCACGGAUCGACGCACAGUACGUUUUUGAGCUUGAGAGUGGGCUGCUGACAAGUCUCGAAGAGAUUUUGCCUCCAGCAAGACCCGACACUCCCAACUUCGAUCCCAAAGAUGGUCACUGGAAGACUGCCGAAGGGGCAGAAGUCCUGACCCUGGAUAGUCCGAAAGAGACCCAGCACAUCAUCCACACGGCAGCUCGCAAGACCUUCCGGGAACGGAAGUCUCGAACGCUGACCACAACAGCGCAGAAAAAUGCCCAGGCAGAGUAUAGAUCCACCAUGGAGCGAAUGAGCGGCGUCGCUGAACAUCUGCGGAGCUUGCAGAUGGACGACGAAGAAGCUCAACGCUUGCAGCUGAUGAGAAAAGCCGAGGCAAGAAGACAGCGACGCUCAGGUGGCACCGCGGCGUCUGCCCCUCCUGUGCUGGCCGUUGUUCGCAUUCCGUCUUCAGCUGAAGAUCAGGUUCGAUCCCGCAGCCAAAAACCUUCAGUUUUGGACGAUGAUGCCUGCCCAAAGCCACCCUUGAAUCGACAGGACACAGUACCACCGCCACCGCCGCCUGAUGAAGUCAUGCAAGAAGCCUUGGCUCCACACGUAGCUCCAGCCAAGUCACCCUCGUGUGCAGAAAACUUUGCACCUCCUGCACACCCUCCGUCCCCACAAGCGGGCAAGCGACCUGUUCUGCAUGGCACUCUGGAAAGGGCAUUGAGCCAAAAAAGCCAGGAUGAUGCCUUUCAGGGCGCUACAUUUGCAGAACUCGAGCUGAAGGUGCGACCUCAGGCGCGAUUCAUGGUGAUUGCUGUGGAAGUUGCUUUUCCUGAAAAGCUCCAAGGGACACCGCCAUGCCGGCCAACCCGGGCAUAUGAGCUGCUCGGGAACCAAGUUUUGCUUUCGGAGGGCGAUGCAGCUCUCACAAACACCGGAUGGCGAACGUGGGCGGGUGGAUGGAUCCUUGUGAAGCAUUUGGAGGAGCAUUUCCACUCCGUGCAACCCAGGCGUAUUCUGGACCUCUCCUGCGGUACAGGCCUUGCAGGCAUAGCUCUGGCAAAAGCUGGGCACGAGGUGGUGCUGUGCGACUUGCCAAUAAAUGUACAGACCGUAAAGGACAACUUGGCGAGAAAUCGAUCUGCUGAAUGUCCUCUCAUUGUCCGCGCCUGUGCUGUGGGCUACAUCUGGGGCAGAUCGCUGCCAAAGGAACUGCAGCAGCCCUUUGAUGUGGUGCUAUGCGGCGAUCUGCUAUAUCAUGUGUGGAGUGGCAAAUUGCAGCAGGAAUUCUUGCAAACUCUGCAGGAAAUUUGCUGCUGCAAGCGACCCGGUCCUGAAAUCAUCUUCGCAGGACAAGUGCGCAGUGGCCGGCAAGAGAAUCAGGUGAUUGGUUACAUUGCCGACUACCUCCACUACAAGGAGGUCCCGUUAUGUGUGGAUCCAAAAUGGUUCCACUCGCCUGGAUCUCCUUUGGUUGCAGAUGCCAAAUACAGGCUUCUGCGCCUCGAGCCCCUUACUGACUAG